AUGUCCUCCGAUUCCCUUAAUUCAUUCUCCCUCAUUUUCCUCAUCUCUCUCAUCUCCAUCCUAGUCGCUCUACCUCCAACAAUUGCAUUCAGGCCUUUAUCUCCGUUCAAUCCAGUUGCUCAACGUCAAUUCAAAGCUUCCACCUCCCUCCGCGGUACUUUCUCUCAGGGACCUGGCGCCAGUCACUAUGCAAACGUCGUUUUUCAAACAACUAUCCCAUCAUUCAAUCCUGAUGAAACCGAGGGCAUUGUCAAUAUCAACUGCAAUGCCUCAGACAAUACUAUCACGUUCGUUGUAGACGACGAGGCAUCAAGAAAUGAAGUAGAAUCGUGGCCCGAAAAAGUCAUGGUAUUGAUUAACGAAAAGUGGAACUGUUUCGGUAAAGAAGGAACGCAAUUUUACUUGGUUGGAAAUAAGACUGUGAGCGAAAAAGAGAAUAGUGUCAAAUUUACUACUACUCCUUGCCAAGUGCUAAAGUGGUCGAAUAAUUUUGUAAUGGAUCUCAACUGGGAACACCAAAAAAAGCGGUCCCUAGGUCGUCGUUCCAUGUCACGAAGGUUCGAUGCGGACAAGGAUCAGGAAAUCGAUCUUUCUGCCCUAUUCGACCCUGCCACUGGCGCUUCAUCAAAGCCCAACGUACCUCUUUUGACAGUCGGAAAGGGCGCCGUAUCAGAAUCCAUCCUCUGUGCGAACUGUUUUCUUAAAGGCAACGCAACAGUUUCACUUCAUAUCGAGGGCACAUCAAUACCACCCAAGGUUACCAACGCUACGCUUACGAUUAAUGGAAAUUUGGAUAUAAACAUUGAUCUAAAAUUCAAUACACAAGUUGCUGGAACUCUUUCAACUCCCGAUGUACAGCUGCUGGAGGUUCCACUGACGCCCUUGGGAGUACCUGGUUUAUUCAAUGUCGGGCCAAGCAUCAUAUUAGCCGCUUCUGCAGACCUUCACGGAUCAGCCACCGUUUCACUUACCACGGGUGGUUUGAUAUCAUAUCCAAACUUUAGUGCUUCCGUCUCACUGCUCGACGAUCCUUCAUCAUCUUUCACACAGACCGGGUUUGAUCCAGUUAUUACCGCGAAUGAUGCCCCCCCUACCGUCGGAUUAACGGUCUCGGCAGGCAUAGCCGGACAUCUUAAGCCUCAGCUGGCAUUGAGUGUCAGCGUGCUGGAUGGACUGCUAGAUGCCAAGACAGGAUUGCAAGUCGUUACUACGUUGAGUGCUGAUGCAACAGUGGGAGCUGACAAUAAUUGUGCUAAUGUUACCGAAAUAAAUUUGGCUACUAGCGUUACUGGAAAUUUGGGUUUCUUUGUUGGUUCAAAAAGUAUUCCACUUGUCGAUUUUCCCAAAAAGACUCUUGGACAAACCUGUUUAAAGACUGGUUAG